UCGACCAAGACCCAUCGCUCGUCCCUCAGCUUUUACUGCAACAUGUUGCUCGCUGUAACCUGGUUGUAAACUGUACUUUGUGGUUUUACUCAGAACCAAUGUAUCCUUGUCUACAAAAUUUCUCCCCUUGGACCGUUAUUCUUUGGUCGACACAUUGAACUAUUAGUCGAGCUAUCCAAUAUCUCCACCAUGGCCACACAAUCACGACCAGAACCCAUGAAUGCAUCUCCACACCAUCCCAAGGUGAAGGUCUCUUUGCGACUGGGCGAACCUCUCGCAGUCGCAGGAGGCCUUGUCACCGGGAAGGUAGAGAUGGAAUGUAAGGCGGACAAAGGACUAGGAAUCGGCGUGAUUAUGGUCGAGUUGUUCGCUAUUGAAGAGUUAACAUCGAGGGAUCACUCCGCCACUUCGACAUUCCUUCACAGUCGGCGCAUAUUCCAGGGCCCAGGCUUACCACCGUCGAACUCUGUACAUCCCUUCCCACAACCUGGAGACCCUCCGCUUCCACCUAAUUACUACGGUGCACGACGAGGGACUACUACAUUCCUCUUUCGUUUCCUCUUGCCUCCUUCAUCCCCCUCCUCGAUCAACUUCGGUUCGGGGCUCGCAAAUGUUCGGUAUGAAGUCCGUGCCAGUGUAGGGGUAUCAUGGAAAGGCGAGCGAAGGUUGGUAACUGAUAAGAGAGAACUUGACGUAGUCGAGAGUUUCGAGGAAGAUUUCGCGCGGGGUGAGCCCGAGGGUGUGAUUGUGGGCGAGAAUGGUAAGCUGUGGGUGCAGGGACGGGUUAUUGGUGGUGUUCUGGUUGCGGGUCAACCUGCAUGUGUAGAGCUACAUGUCAAGAACCAUUCAUCCAAGAAGAAUUCUGGGCUCUCGAUAACAUUGAUGAGGGAAUUACAACUUCCUAACUUCCCCUCAACGCAGAAGGCGCCGCUUCAAAUCUCUGAUACUCUGACUUCUGUGUCCUUCCGCGGACAAGAAUAUGUUAUUCAAUCUGGUGCGGAGGGCGUAGCGAAUUUAGUCUUCGACGUUCCCCGAAAUGCUCGAGGUGUGAAGGGUGGGCCACGUUCAGGUGAUGAAGAAGAGGAUACUGUCACGGAGGCUCUUUUCGAGGUGCGUUGCAUCAUUGGCGUGAAGUUGUCUAUGGGUUUCGGGAGUAAGGAUAUCCGACUUGAUAUUCCUGUUCCUGUCUUACACCCCGCGGCUCUUCCUCAACUUCCACCAUCUGUUCCGUAUCCACUUCCGCCCAUACAACCAUACAGCACACCAAUGCCUGACAUGCGUUCUCAGACACCCUACGCAUUACCCAUUUCACCGAUGCCUGAAGGUCAUGAAUACGAUUCCAGUCCUUACGACUAUCCGCUUUCGCCCCAUCCUCUUCUCUCUUAUACUGAUCCUCAACAUCAAUGGAUACCCCCACCAUCUCAGAGCCCUCUUCCAAUGAUAUACCAGCCUUAUGCUUCGGGUUCACCUCCAUAUUAUCAACAGCCUACGUUUUCACCUCCACCUGUGGUGCCUUCACAUGCAAUACCAUUACGACCUUCAAGUGCUGAACCAACCCCUUCGCAUCCUCUGUAUAAUCUUCCACCCGGUCUUCCUGCGUCAGCUGUGCAGCAACCUCUCAUUCCGUUGAUGACCGGAGGUGAAAUGCCUCCCCAUACUGCUGAACGUGAGGAAGGGAAGGGAGAACGCGCCUCCAGGAUCUCUCAUCAUCUUCGCAUGUCCUCACGGAAUCGUUCGGUGUCGCCUCAACCCCAUCGGUAUCCUCUUCCAACAGUUCCAGAGCCUUACUAUGCUCCUAUCUUGCCGCUUGCUGCUUCUGUCCCAACACAAUCUAUACCCAUCCCUCCAAUUCAACCUGAUCUUGGCACUCUGGCGACUGAGACAUUAAACGUUCCUGUAACUACAGCAUCGUCACUACAAGCAGAAAUUGUCGCGCCACGCCCAGUGCUCUCGCCAAAGCACUCUUUCUCUCUUGACCCGGUGACGCAUGCCACGCUCAGCAAGAGCGAUCGCAUUCGAACAUUAGAACGUAUGGCAGCACAGGCGGAGAAAGCCAACUCGGAUAUGUCGACCUCGGUCCCUGAACUUAACUUCGCGGACAAAGACAAGACACUUCCUACCCCUCCUGUUCCUUCAGAGAAAAUCAAAGUCAGAUCAGCUGUGUCUGAAUCUCGACCUCGUGCAGAUACAUUGUUCCCACCUACUGGUGAUCUUAUCGCCGCAACACCUCCCACUCCCACUUUAGCCGCUGUUACUUCACUCAAAGUGCCGCGAGCAGCAGGAGGUGAGGGAGGUUUGAGUGGCCUGGAUGCUCUCGAAGCACGUCUCCUUGCUGAAGUUGGCACUCGGAAAGUCGAACAGAACGGUAACAAACCCGAUGUCCGCUCUAUCUUGCCUCAACCCAUCGCAAUACCUCGUCCUAACACCGAGAUCGAACCUGCUGUUGAUUCUGCGAUUUCUAGUCUACGAUUACCCGGCGUUGAAGCCGGCCCUGGGGCCUCUCCAAAGCUUGCAGGUAACAGCCCCCUGGUUACUGACAGGCCAGCUUCCAUUCACUCCAAUUCCCAUGACGGCGGAAGGACGGAGCGCGGGCGAGCAAAGGAACGUACUUCAGAUGGUUUUACUAAGAAGAGUGGCAAGAAGAGCGGACGGAAGGGGAAAGAUCAUGCCAGUGCGGAGAGAGACGAAGAAGUUCAUCGAAUGCGGAAAGUCGCUAAAGGUCGAGUGACUGACUGGCUACAGAAGAUCGACCCUGCUGCUGCACCUGACGUAGCUUCCUCGUCUUCUCCAAGCCCUGCAUCGGAACAUCCGGUAGGAAACCCUAUGACAUUGGGAGAAGAGUCCACCCUAGGUGAUACUGCACACAGUGACAAGGCAGUUGCCGACUCGGAUGAGGGUAAAGUAAAAGACACAGACGAUGUGAAAGCCGCUCCGAACCCUCGUUCUUCAGGCUUUGUACCUAUCGAGACAAUUCGUCUACGACAGAAAGAGGCCGAACUUUCUGGUAAGAGGGACGUUGGAGCUGAUGAGAAGCCAUUUGGUAUACCUCGAGGUCUAAAGUUCAACCCUCCUCGUCCGUUCAACCUAGAGUCGCGAUACGACAUUCGCUCGGCGCGUGGAGGUCGAGGCGGAAAAGUAACAGCAGUUGCUGCCCUAUGGGCGUCGCAAGCGCAGGUCGCCAAGGAGGAUAGCAGGUCUCCCCCGCCGAUCAAGCCUCCAAAACUUGACAAACCAAUGCUGAAAUUCAUUGCUUCUCAGCCUGAGAUCUCACCCUCGAUUCCAACACCCCGCCCAGCCCGAACUCCGGUCAACCUCCAGUCAACCUCCAAUCAACAGACGGCUUUCUCAGCUGCGAAUCCUUCGGAGAAACGUGUCAAGAUGAUCAAGUCUUCUUCUGUACCUGCUGUUGUGUCCUCGUCACUAGCAACGCCAAUGCUUUCUUCAUCUGCUUCUCUUGCUCGGCCAUCCCCUGCUCUUGGGGAGAGGACGAAGCUGGUCAACAACCUCCUACCAACCGUCACUGAAAAUCGAUCAGAAUCGAGCCCGCUGAAGAAGCCUGCACCUAAGGGGGAACUUGCUUUCGGACAAGCCAGGUUACGAGAGUUGAUUAAGCGAUAUCAAGGACAGCCUUCAUAAUUUGCUCCUGCCCGUUCUUGUUCCCUUGCUUCAAGUUCACGGGCUUCCUCGCGCUUUAUGACUCACACCGUUGCAUUAACAGACGCUUCUGCUUCAACUAUAUUUCUAGAUGUCUUGAUUGUGCAUGAUUUAUUCAAAGUCCAAAGUCUACUGUUAUAGCUUUUCUGUAUCAUUGUCUUCUUCUUUACGACUCGUCACGACCGUCUGGAUUAGUAUCAUUAUCACGACCUUUUGUACCUGCUCACACAGAAAGAAUGUAAUUCCAAUAUGUCCUCAAGUUCGAGCAUGUGCGGCACUUCGUUUCGGGAGGCUGCUACAUCAAGAUCGCUCUUGGUUUAAUUGUUUAGUUCCUUC